UACACACUCAAACUUACAAAUAACAUAAUUAUGCAGAGAAUUCUUUGCUUCAUCUUCAACAUCAUAGGUCUAAGAUCAAACAUUAAGGAACCAAAGAAGCUAAUAAGGUUGUCAAAUGAUCAAAAUGAUGAUGAUUUAUGUUGCGUAUGUUUGUCUAAACUGAUUAAAGAAGGAGAAGAUAUUAAGGUUCUUCCAUGUACGCACCAUUUUCACUCUUCUUGUGUCCACAGGUGGUUCGAUUCUGGCCGGAAAACAUGUCCGAUUUGCAGGUUUGUUGUUGAAGAAGAAAGGAAAGAAGAAGAUCUGAGUAAGGAGAUGGUUGUUUGGUAUUCUUCUUUUCAUGUUACUGGAUUUUCUGGUAUUUUCUAAGUAUUUGUUUUUGAGUGUAUUUUUAUAAGGUAAUCGGAAAUACUGAAAUAGGUCUCAGGCUCAAUCAUUUACUAAUGUAGUAGACUAGUAUAUAUAGUAUCUCAA